UUUCUUACAAAACAUACAUUCAUCAAAGUCUCAUUUUCUUGCUCAAUACAACCAACAAUGGCCAUUGUACAGAAGCUGAGAUGGUCUUUAUCAAGCGAAAGAAGAUCAGCCGAGGUUCCAAAGGGGCACUUAGCCGUUUACGUUGGGGAGAGCAGCGAAAAGAAGAGGUUUGUUGUUCCGGUGUCUUAUUUGAAGAAUCCUAUGUUUCAAGAAUUGCUGUCUCAAGCUGAGGAGGAAUUCGGGUUCCAUCAUCCAAUGGGAGGCCUCACCAUUCCAUGCAGCGAGGAUUUAUUCGUCGAUCUCACAUCCCACUUGAACAAGCAGCAAUAAAUUAAAUACAUACAUGUGUAGAUAAAUAGAUAGAAAGAUUGUUAGGUAACGAGACAGAUUCUUGUAUUGUUUUCUGGGGCAUUUAUCCCUUCAUUUAUUGAGGACUUUUUUUCGCCCGGACAAGAACUGUAAAAUCCUUAAUUACCAGAAAAAUUAUACUGCACAAAUACAUUGCAAGAAAAAGCAUGUCGAUCA